AUGGACGCUGCAGGAGGGACCGCACCGCUACCACCUCCACCCACGAGCUCGCCCGUACUCGUCGAGACGGCGCUCCUCUCGCUCGUCCGCCUCGCCCUCUUCAUCGCCUGUCGACACUACGUCAACUUCUCCCUGUUCUCCGACCUGCGCAGCGUCAUCCGCGAGGACGGCCUCGCCACGGACCUCGACUCGCCAGACGGCGGUGCCCUCGAGCUCGAGGACGCCGAGGACGGCUACUUUGGCCUCGGCGCGGGCGGUGGGGCGGGCGCGGGCGCGGGCAAGGCCAUGGCGGCAGCCGCGCGCGAGAGCCUGCACGCGCCUGGAGGAGGUGGGGCAGGCGCAGGUGGCAGGGGCGCGAGCUGGGGCGGCGACGGCCGGCGAGGGUCGCUCACGCCUGGUGGAGGAGGGACCGCCGUCGCAGGGAGGGCCUACACGAGGCUCUCGACGGCCCUGUUCUGCCUGUCGUUCUCCGAGAGCGGCAUGCUCUUCACCCUCUUGCUGUUCGGCGACGUCGUCAGCGCUCGGGCACGCGACUUCAACUGGUCCCUCAGCCUCCUCGCCCUCCUCUCCCUCAUCGUCUUCGUCAUCCCGUUCGGCCUGUGCCUCCUCCUCACCCACCGGUCGAGGUCCAACUUCGCCCGCACCUUCCUCCUCACCUUCGUCCCCUUUGCCCUCUACCUCUUCGUCUUCUACCGCGUCGGGUCCCUCGUCGCAGAGAAGCACGUCGUCGAAGGCUCGCACUCUUUCGGCCUCGUCAACGAGCUCCUCUCGCGCAUCUGCGUGCCCGGCGUCAUCCUCAUCGCGUCUUUAUCUGGAGGGGGAGCGGUCAACACGGCGUGGGAGGCUUACGAGUGGCGCUCGGUAUCGUCGAGCGAGCCCGUCACCGACUCGUCGAUCGCCCAGGCCGAGCGCGCUCUCGCCCGUACCCGUCUCGACCUGCAGCAGCGCAAUCGCUCGCUUGCCCUCGCCCGAGGUUCAGCCGCUCGCGAGGCGGAAUCGGCGGCGGGCCAGUCGCUCCUGUCUCGGUGGACGACCACGUCGCCGGCGGCGACGCAUCUCAAGAGCCUCGAGCUCGAGGUGAGCGCGAUGCAGAAGAUGGAGCGGCAGAUGACGCAGGACGUGCAUCGGCUCAAGGUGCGGCAGGCGAUGAGGGACAGGGGGAGGAGCUGGCGAGGGCGGCUGUGGCUAGCCGUCGGAUGGCUCUUUAGCCUCUACUGCGUGUGGCGCGUCUUUACUUCCUGCAUCAACCUCAUCUUCGGCUACACGCGCAAGAGCCAUCAGCAUGCGGCGAUACCUGUCGAGGGCGGCGGUCAAGGCGAGCUCCCGCCAACGCCUGUCGAGGGCACCGACCUCUUCACUUCGCUCCUCACUCGAGUCGCCGUCGGGCUCGACGUCGAGCUCGACGUCGCGACGUGGUCCCGCAUGCUCGGCUUCGUCCUCAUCGGCGGCAUCCUCCUCGCCAACAUGCGCAACGUGCUCAGCAGCGUCUCGAGAAUCUUCAAGGCGACCUCGAUGGGCAUGAGCGCAUCCUUCAUGCUCUUGUUCCUCGCGCAGCUCAUGGCCGUCUACCUCCUCACCUCCCUCAUCUCCCUCCCUUCUUCGCCCACCGCAUCGUCGACCCAGCUCCUCGACACGCUGCCCGACUUCCAGGUCUUCUCGCGCCUGUUCGACAGCGUCUUCCUCCUCGCCGCCGUCGCCCUCUUUGUCUCGCGGUGGAUCGGGCGCAAGUUCGCCGACGAGGCCGGCUUGGCGUCGCAGUACGCCUGAGGAGGUGAUAUGGGCAGGGCGUGCGUGACAUGAAUGUUGUAACGAGGCGCGGUGCGAGUCG